GUUAUAAGUGCUUUCAUUGAUGCAGCGUUACCGGCAACCACAUACAUCGUGAGAUCAUCUUAAAGAUAAGGGACAUCCUUAGGAUCUAGGAAGCGCAGAGCCAAAAUGACGACUCACACGAAUGUGUUACAAGCUGGCGCAACGGAAGAGAAGGGAGAGACUGCCAGGAUGGCAGCCUUUGUGGGAGCGAUGGCCAUUGCAGACCUGGUGAAGACCACGUUAGGCCCGAAGGGCAUGGACAAGAUCUUGCAGAGCAUGGGGCGAGGGCAAGAAGUGGUUGUCACAAAUGAUGGCGCCACCAUUCUCAAGUCCCUCUAUGUGGACAACCCUGCAGCUAAGGUGCUAGUGGAUAUCUCGAAGACACAGGAUGCGGAGGUGGGGGAUGGGACCACCUCAGUGGUGGUGCUGGCCGGGGAGCUGCUGCGGGAGGCUGAGAAGCUGGUCAGCCAAAACAUCCACCCCAUGACCAUCAUCUCAGGUUACAGGGAGGCCUGUGAGCUGGCGUACGCGCAGCUGGAGAAGGUGUCUGUCAACAACUCUGCCGACAAGGAGCGCUUUAGACAGGACCUGCUGAACAUAGCUCGCACGACGCUGAGCAGCAAGAUCCUGACGCACGACAAGGACCACUUUGCCGAGCUGGCCGUGGACGCAGUGCUGCGCCUGAAAGGCUCCACAAAUCUGGAGGCCAUCCAGAUCAUCAAGAAGCCCGGCGGCACCCUCAAGGAGUCUUUCCUGGACGAGGGUUUCAUCCUGGACAAGCGCAUCGGCGUGGGGCAGCCCAAGCGGCUGGAGAACGCAUCCAUCCUGGUCGCCAACACGGCCAUGGACACCGACAAGGUCAAGAUCUACGGCGCUCGCGUCCGUGUCGACUCCAUGCAGAAGGUGGCGGACAUAGAGAAGGCUGAGCGGGACAAGAUGCGGGGCAAGGUGAACGCCAUCAUAGACCACGGCAUCAACUGCUUUGUCAACCGCCAGCUCAUCUACAACUUCCCCGAGGAGAUCUUUGCCGACGCGGGCAUCAUGGCUAUUGAGCACGCCGACUUUGACGGCAUCGAACGCCUCGCCCUCGUCACAGGCGGGGAGAUCGCGAGCACUUUUGAGAACCCGGGCGCGGUGAAGCUGGGGCGGUGCAAGCUGAUCGAGGAGAUCAUGAUCGGGGAGGACCGACUCAUCCACUUCUCCGGCACCGCCAUGGGCGAAGCCUGCACCAUCGUCCUCCGCGGCGCCAGCACGCAUGUGUUGGACGAGGCGGAGCGUUCCCUUCACGACGCGCUCUGCGUGCUGAGCCAGACUGUGCAGGACUCGCGCGUCAUGGCGCGGGCGGUGGGAGAGGGCGCUGCGCGGACGCCAGGCAAGCGCAGCCUCGCGAUGGAGGCAUUCUGCACCGCACUGCGCGCCAUCCCAACCACCAUCUGCGACAACGCAGGGCUGGACAGCGCGGAUCUGAUAUCCCAGCUGCGGGCGUCGCAUGCGCACGACGCGGCCAGCCGCCAAGGCGUGGACGUCCUCACGGGCGGCAUGGGCGACAUGUCCAAGCUGGGCAUCUUCGAGUCCUUCAAGGUGAAGGCCCAAGUGCUGCUGUCAGCGACGGAGGCAGCGGAAAUGAUCCUGAGAGUGGAUGACAUCAUCAAGUGCGCGCCCAGGCAAAGGAGCGAGCAGUGAUGCAGCUGUGCAGAACGUGCUUUGAGAUCAUGGUGUGUGAGACACGCGGGGUAAUAUCAUCCUCGAUUAAUCACCCAGUGUCCUCCUUGGGCCUUGACAUCUGGACUGUUAAAGAGGAUGUCAAGAGGGUGUCGUGGCCGCCAUAAGCGGAAUGAAACAGAUGCUUUGUUGUAUUUCAUUUUCUACAAAGGACCAGCAACACUUUUGGCAUUGCAUGCCCAAUGUUUUUGUGACCCUAGCUGACGUUGACCAUCAACAAGUCCUUGUGCUCUUGCUUGUGAGGACGAGGCCUUUUGAGCCUUCGUAGAUAAUCCGGGCGUGGCAAGUGAACAAAGAAUCGUGCAUGCGAUCGCUAUAGUUUUCUUUGAUGCAAAACGUCCAAGGAAUCCAGAAGAACCAGAUGUUUAUUCUGCGGAGAGGUAAAGAAUGGUCAAAGAUGCUGGAAA